AUGGUCGGCGUCAUUCUUGAAACGCUCAAUUCUAAGAAAUUGAUCGCUUUCGGGGUUUUCAUUUUGCUUGCACAAACAGCGUUUUUCCUUAUUGGUGGACUUAUUUCACCCGCACCACAUACCCACGAGCAAAUUCUCCUUUCAAGAUGUAUCGACAGUGAAAUCUCCCCUGAAACCAACAAGUGGUAUUUCUUGAGGCCACAGUCAUCAAACCAUACCUGCAAGGAGAUACCCAGCGACAUUCCUCUGGAAGAAUUUGCUUCAAAUGCAACCGUUGCUAAACAAAUUGUUUUUGUUGCCCAAUUCCCUCACCCUAGGUCUGGGUUUGACCUUAAGAUGACACGUUGGUUCCAACAGGUGAUUGCUGUUCUCUACCUCGAUAUCAAAGAGCAAUAUGGCAUUAAGGUCAAGGAAGACGCGUGGCUGACCUUUGAUGUGAGGCUGGGGUAUCGCAACGAUGGGGACCCGCUGGAGGCCUGGAAUGAAAUAGCACACUCUCGAGAGAUGCGCCCACUCAACUGUCAUAUCAAGGAAGACGCCGGUGAUUUACCAGUAGCUGAACAUAGCCGAAAUGAGGAAGCAAGGUUCUAUGACUGCGAGGUGAUGCCACUUUUUACACUGGGCAACUGUCAUCAUCAAAAUUACUUGGUUAAUAUUCGUAUUCCUCGUGAUCCCGCCAACAAUAUUAACCACGACAUCGGACUCAUCCAGGAUGUCUGGAUGGUGGAAAUCCAUCAGAAUGGUGGUUUUACCACGGUGUGGUUUGCCCUCAAGACUUGCCUAUUUCCAAUCGCACUGGCUGCCGUAGUCUUCUUUUGGCGUCGAGUUUCUGCACUUCAGCGUUCACCCACGUUGAUGGAACGCACUGUAUUUGCCCUCGGUUUGGUGCUUUGUAUCUUUAACUGUCCGGUGGAGUGGCUGUCCCUCAAGUACGAUGUCUUCUUUUGGUUGGUACUCUCUGACCUUCGCCAGGGUGCCUUCUACGCUACUUUGGCUUGCUUUUGGCUCGUAUUCACAGGGGAGCACUUAAUGGAUGCGCCUCACGGCCAACGUAGCCGCACUAGACUCGGCCUCUCGGUGUAUUACUGGCCAAAAUUGCUUCUUGUUGGUGGUUGUUGCUCCGCCAUGAGCAUAUUCGAAUUAGCCGAACGCGGUGUUCAACUGCAUAAUCCAUUCUACAGUAUAUGGUCACACCCGGCCGCUGCAAAACUGGGCUAUGCGAGUGUUAUUUUUGGCGGACUGUGUGCCUCCGUCUACUUCAUCUAUCUCGCCGUGCUGGUGUUCCGGGCACUCUGGCAAAUUUUCACUAAACGUCGUCUACUGCCUGCCCUGCAACCUGAUCAGCGCGUUUAUUACGGCGGUCUCAUCUAUCGUUUCACCACUCUUCUUGUCUACACCAUCUUCUGUGCCGCACUCACCGUCGUCUUUUAUAUUUUUAGUCAGGCAAAUGAGGAGCAAUGGAAGUGGGGUAGUAAUCAUAUCGAGUACACAUCAGCAUUCAUCACAGGUGUGUACGGGAUGUGGAAUGCCUACGUGAUCACCAUCCUGUGCCUUUAUGCUCCAUCAAACAAAUUCCGGUCUUCCGCUAGUAGCAGUCAGAUGCUAGAACAUCUCGUGGAGGACGAGGCUUCUAAAACCCCCUCAGGAACUGAAAGCCAAAUUGGGACGACAUCUAAACAGCUGGCGAAUUCUUUGAACGAAGGCAUCAAUCUCGUCUCUGUCCAGGGGUUCUCAUUCUUUAAAAAGUCGGCCCAGGAGUAA